AUGGCCGAGCAAGCGAAAGCAGCUCGCUGGGGACUCCAAGAAUCAAACACCGAAAAAGACGACAGGGGCACUAAAAGUGAACCUCCGGUUGACAAUAUGGGGUUAAGAGCACGGGAAGAAGUUAUCAAGGAGAAGACAGCAACAGUCGCCCGAGAUGUUCAUCGAUUUCACGCCUUCGCAGCACAACGGCGUAAAAUCGAUGAACAUCUCGGGCAAGCGGACGCCAAGCGAACUGAGGGAGCUAACGAGAAUACUCGGAGAGCUCACAAGAAGGGGCUACAGGUGAAAACCAUGGCGGAGACGACAUGA